AUGUCUGGCGAGCGUUCUGCAGAGAUGCCGCGGGCAGAUUUGUGCGGGGAUGGGAAGGGGGGGUCGCCUGUGUACCCCAAAAACGUCCUCAUCCGCCCCGGCUUCGCUCAGAAUUCCUCAAUAGGGAGCGCUCAGCCCGCUCCCCCCGCUCCGCUCUCCUCCAUCGCUCGCUCUCCGCUCCUUUUUGUCCCAUUAAACGGAAUACUAAAUGUUACCGAACGGACUUCGCGUGAUGAUCCGCUGCCUCCUGCGGGCUUCUGGGUGUUUUAUAGUGAAGGAAAUUGGCAAAUUUUCCCCGUUCUGGUCGCUGCUAAACAUGGCGGCCUGGAUCUCCAGCUGGAGCGCGAGGAGGCGCAGGCGGCUGAGGAUGCUGGGACUGAUAAGCCUCGGGUUAAACCCUCGCCUGGUCUCAAGAGACCCCGGUUUGUAGAAGAGGAGGACGGUUUGACGCUGCACGGCUACGACGCCAUCGUGUCUUACAUUGCCUCCGACGAGCUGCGGGGCUCCGGCCUCCGGGAGAAGUCCCUCAUCCAGCUAUGGCUGUCUUUCGCGGACAAGGAAGUAGCGCCUCUCGUCUACGCCUGGGUGUACCCCAUCAUGGGGCUGCUUCCGUACCAUGCGCAGUCCGCAGAGAAUGCAGUAAAGAUGUUUAAGAAGGUGAUGUCCGUUCUCGAGUCUCACCUGCGGACGCGCACGUACAUGGUUGGCGAGCGGCUUUCUGUGGCUGAUAUCGCUGUAGCUUCGGCCCUGCUGUGGCCCUAUGUCCUGGUGUUCGAUCCCUCGUUCCGCGAGCCGUACAUCAGCACCAACCGCUGGUUCCAGACCUGCAUCAACAACCCUGCGUUUGUGUCGGCGCUCGGGGAGGUUCCGCUCUGUGAGGGCGCGCGGCGUUUCCAAGAGGGAUCCCCGGUGACGUUUCCGGUGCCGUUUCAGAAGCCGCAGGCGUGAUCGGGAGUAACGGGGGAUCCAUGAGCGGUUUGAGAAAACACAAGACCCCCCCCCCUCACACGACCGAGGAUGGAGGCGCUUACGCUGCCGUCCCUGCGGGGGGAUUACUGGUAUCUGUGAUGUCAUUACUGGGCUUGGACUGUUUGCCCCCCCCCCGGCUCUGGGUUGUUUACUCCCAAACUUGCGCAAUCUAUCAUGGACCAAUCAAAGCUCAGGGUUUGUGCGUUUCCGCUGUAGCCGCCGCGCUCCGCUCCUGCGCACGGAUCGUGUUCUCUGUUUACAGAACGGCUUCUCCGGGGGCCGCCACGGGUGCUAAACGCGUAAAAUGUAUUUAAAUAAGCAAUAAAAACACAACUUGGCAUAAAAUGUGAA